AUGACACUCACACAAGACGUCUUAAUUUCAAUAAAUCCAAUAGAUGACCAGACUCGAGUGUUCUAUAGGCAUCGCAAGUGUGAUAAAUACAACAUCGCCGGAUUAUUAAAGUUAAUGAACGAGCCUUUACGUGUCGCGAACUCCGGUCAGAAAGUGAUCGCCACAAAGCGGUCAGCAGUGAACAUCUCUCGCGAGAGACUCAACUGGAUUGUAGUAGGAGAGAGUCAACGAAAGGCGUAUAAGGAUGACAUCAACGUGAUUGGGGAGAAGUUGUAUAAAUACAUCAGUGACAUAUUCACCGGCCCCACCUCGCCAAAGAAAAUUAUAUUAGUGAGAGACGAGAAUGUUGUCGUGGAUAUAAAAGACCAGACAACUCUUAUAAAGUUGUGUGAUUUAGAAAGUUACUUCGGCGAGAAAGUCGGUCUGGAGACUUUGAAGUUUGAGAAGAGUGUGACAGAAAUCGCUACACAAAGUACGUCGUCUGUGGUGUCUAAUGGACCAUCAGAAAUUGAGUCUAAAACACAUAAUAUGGAGAUCGAUUCACUGACAGAAGAUGAGUUGAGUAUUACUCAAAUAGAAUAA